AUGACUCUAUAUCGCUUUCGUAAUUGUAAAUUGUUGCGGAAUCACGCGCUCAUUAUCGAUGAUCUGUGGAUUCGUAAUGGAAAAAUUGCGGAUCCUGAAAAAAUAUUUUUCGAUGAAAAAAUUCUAGCAGAUAUUGAGUAUGAUUGUCAAGGAAUUUUAAUAGCACCUGGAUACAUAGAUUUACAGAUUAAUGGAGCUUUUGGACACGAUUUUUCAUCACCUGAUACAGCAAGUGAAGCAAUCUUAAUCGAUGUUGCAAGAAAAUUAGCAUCACAUGGUGUAACAGCUUUUCUACCAACUAUUGUCAGUUCAAAUGCCGAUGCAUAUAAAACAAUAUUACCAAAAUAUAAACGACGAGCGGGCUCAGCUAAGGACGGAGCAGCUAUUCUUGGCAUGCAUCUCGAAGGCCCAUUUAUAGAUAAAGAGAAACAUGGUGCACAUCGAACCGAAUGUCUUCUUAAAGCUCCGCAUGGUACUGAAGAUCUAUUAGCCUGCUAUGGUUCAUUUGAUAACGUUUCAAUUGUUACUCUUGCACCUGAAAUUCCUAAUAUGAUCGAAAAAGUUAUACCUGAGCUCGUUGACAGAUAUGGUUUAGUUGUUUCAAUUGGUCAUUCAGUCGCUUCACUCGACGAAGGCGAACGUGCUGUUUGUUCUGGUGUUCGAUUUAUUACACAUUUAUUUAAUGCAAUGCUUGGAUUUCAUCAUCGCCAUCCUAAUCUUCUUGGUCUUUUAACAAGUCAUCGUGUUCCAGCAACAACUGUUAUCCACUAUGGUCUGAUUGCUGAUGGAAUACAUACACAUUCCGCUACUAUCCGUCUUGCUCAUCGUGUUCAUCCACAAGGCCUUGUACUUGUGACAGAUGCUCUUGACGCGUUAGGAUUGCCUGAAGGCAUCCAUCGUUUGGGUCCUCAGGAAAUAGCCGUGAAAAAUAAACGUGCAACAAUAGCCGGCACAGAAACAUUAUGUGGUAGUAUUGCAUCAAUGACUGAAUGCGUUCAAAAUAUGAGGCAAGCUUUACUUGAUGGAGAAACAAAUAAAUGUAAUGUGAAAAAUUUAAGUGAAAACGAUAAAGAUAAAUUUAUUGUCGAUUCAAUUGAAGCAGCAACUCUUCAUCCUGCUUCAGUACUUCGUAUUGAAAAACAAAAGGGAACAUUAUCCUAUGGUGCGGAUGCUGAUUUUAUUUUUCUUGAUGAUAAACUCAAUGUAUUAUCAACAUUUAUUGCCGGUGAACAGGCGUGGACAAUCACAGACGAAUGGUCCAUUGAUAAUAUUCGUAUAAAUCCAAGUCAAUAA